AAGAUACUAUUACUAAUGAAAAAUUUUCACCAUUACCGGUAGCGUAUUUUCAGGAAGUUUUGACUGAAGUGGAACUUGUAUUUGUAAGCAUAGACCUACACAAUGACGAGUGCAUCGUAUCAUAUAGCAAAUCUUCUUGAAAAGAUGACCUCUAGUGACAAAGAUUUUCGGUUUAUGGCAACCAAUGAUCUAAUGGGUGAGCUACAAAAACAAUCCAUUAAACUAGAUGAUGAUAGUGAAAGAAAGGUUGUCAAAAUGUUGCUGAAGCUUUUGGAGGACAAAAAUGGUGAGGUACAAAACCUUGCUGUAAAAUGUUUGGGCCCACUUGUAAACAAAGUAAAGGAAUACCAGGUGGAGACAGUUGUAGAUACCUUGUGUAACAAUAUGGUAUCUGAGAAAGAACAGUUGAGAGAUAUUUCAAGCAUUGGAUUGAAGACAGUCAUAAGUGAAUUACCACCAACAUCAACAGCACUUGUUGCUACAAUUUGUAAGAAGAUUACUGGGCGCUUAAGUAAUGCAAUCUCAAAACAAGAAGAUGUUUCUGUUCAGCUUGAAGCUCUUGAUAUCCUCUCUGAUCUUUUGAGUCGGUUUGGAGGUCUGCUUAUAAGCUUUCACCCAGCCAUUCAGGAAGCACUCUUGCCUCAGUUAUCCAGUCCUCGUCUGGCCGUGAGGAAGCGUUCCAUAACUGCCAUAGGUUACUUAGUAAUGAGCUGUAGUCAAACCUUAUUCAAUAAACUUAUUGACACUUUAAAAGAAGAACUUGGAAAAAACAUCUCAACCACUAAAACUUAUAUUCAGUGUAUAGCAGCCGUCAGUCGACAAGCAGGUCACAGAAUUGGAGAACACUUAGAAAAAAUUAUGCCAUUGGUGGUAGAAUAUUGCAAGUAUGAUGAUGAUGAACUGAGAGAGUACUGUUUACAAGCAUUUGAAUCUUUUGUGAGACGCUGCCCAAAAGAAAUCUCACCUCAUGUUCAUACGAUUGUUCAAGUAAGCCUAGAAUACCUUUGUUACGAUCCCAAUUAUAACUAUGAUGAUGAGGAUUCAAUGGAAAUGGAUGGAACUGAAGAUGAUGAAGGGGAGAGUGAAGAUGAGUACAGUGAUGAUGAUGACAUGAGCUGGAAGGUGAGGCGGGCAUCAGCUAAAUGUCUUGAAGCUAUUAUAGCAACUAGACACGAAAUGUUGUCUGAAUUCUACAAAACAAUUUCUCCAGCUUUGAUUGCAAGAUUUAAAGAAAGAGAAGAAAAUGUUAAAGUAGACGUUUUUCAUGCCUACACUGCACUUUUACGACAGACUCGGCCCACAGUUUCUAUUGGUACAGUAGACCCCAAUACAAUGGACCAUGAAGAAGGACCUGUGACGAUGCUACAGUGUCAAGUUCCAUCUAUUGUAAAAUCUCUUCACAAGCAACUGAAAGAGAAAAGCACAAAAACUAGACAGGGAUGCUUUAACUUGUUGACAGAGUUGGUCUGUGUUUUACCUGGAGCCCUUUCUGAUCACAUACCUGUGCUUAUUCCAGGGGUUAUUUAUUCUCUAGGCGAUAAAAGUACCAGUUCAAACAUGAAGAUUGAUACCUUAUCCUUUCUGAACUGUCUGCUGACUUCGCAUAGCCCCGAGGUUUUCCAUCCACACAUUUCAACCGUACUUCCAGUUGUAAUCCAUGCUGUUGGAGAUGCAUUUUAUAAAAUUACAUCAGAAGCCUUGCUUGUACUGCAACAGUUGGUAAAAGUCAUCAGACCGCUAGACCAUGUGACUACGUUUAAUUUCACCCCUUUUGUUGCUGACCUGUAUCGGUGUACCCACGUGAGGCUCAAAGCUGCAGAUAUAGACCAAGAAGUGAAGGAGAGAGCUAUCUCUUGCAUGGGCCAAAUUAUUUGUAACUUGGGUGACCAAUUACAGGCGGAGCUCCAAACUUGUUUGCCUAUUUUCUUAGACAGGCUUAGGAAUGAGAUUACAAGGCUCACAACUGUUAAAUCUCUCACAAAAAUUGCUGGGUCACCGUUGAGGAUAAAUCUCAGGCCAAUUUUAGGGGAAUCUGUUCCUAUUUUAGCAUCCUUCCUUAGAAAAAAUCAGAGGGCUCUCAAACUUUCAACUCUCACCCUCCUAGAUACCCUCGUGAAGAACUACAGCGAGUCACUCACUUCAGAAAUGAUCGAUAAAAUUAUGAAUGAACUCCCUGCUCUGAUCAAUGAGUCGGACUUGCAUAUUUCACAGUUGACAAUGAGCUUGCUAACUUCAAUCUCCAGGGUUCAUAAACAGUCCUUGGUACAAGUUACAGAUGCAAUUCUGCCUGAAAUUUUAGUACUAAUCAAAUCACCGCUAUUGCAGGGUGCUGCUCUAAACUCAAUGUUAGAGUUUUUCCAGGCUCUAGUUAUGCUAGAUCUACCAGGACUAGGUUACAAGAAACUUUUAAAGAAACUAAAAGCUCCAGUGUACCAGACUGGGGCAACCACUGGUAGUGUGGCCGCUCAUGGGAUCCACAAGCAGGCUUUCCAUUCUAUUGCUAAAUGUGUGGCUGCUCUUACAAUCACUUGUCCAGAAGAGGCUUUAAAUGUUGUUCAACAGUUUUUGCUCGACAUACAGAAUCCUUGCUCUUCCAAUUGUGUAUAUGUACUUGGGAUGCUCAAAUUGGGCUUAUUACAUAUUUUAGAUUUGAGUGGGAUUGAAGACCUAAAAGACAUCCUAGUUGAUUCCUUCAGCUCUCAGAGUGAGGAGGUGAAAACAGCAGCUUCUUUUGCUUUAGGUAGUGUCAGUGUAGGAAACCUGCAGGAGUACCUACCAUUUGUUUUACAAGAAAUUGAAACUCAAUCCAGGCGUCAGUACUUGUUGCUACACUCAUUAAAAGAAAUCAUUAGCUGUCAGUCAGCCAGUCCUGCAACAGUUCAAACACUUCAGCCCUUUGUUGAUUCUGUAUGGAGCAUGCUGUUCAAACACUGUGAAUGUGAGGAAGAAGGCACACGUAAUGUGGUGGCUGAGUGCCUUGGGAAAUUGACACUGAUUGAUCCUCCCAUCCUUCUUCCAAAACUGAAGUCCUAUUUGAGUUCCUCGUCACAGCUAACCCGUAGUACAGUGGUUACAGCCAUGAAAUUCACUAUAUCUGAUCAGCCUCAACCGAUUGACAGUCUCCUUAAAAAUUGUAUCGGUGAAUUUCUUUCCACCUUACAAGAUCCAGAUUUGAAUGUUCGUCGAGUAGCGCUUGUGGCUUUCAAUUCAGCAGCCCACAAUAAACCGUCAUUGGUGCGAGAUCUCUUGGAAUCCAUUUUGCCUCAGUUGUACAGUGAAACUAAAGUGAGGAAAGAAUUGAUUCGUGAGGUAGAAAUGGGUCCAUUCAAACACACUGUAGAUGAUGGUCUUGAUAUCAGGAAGGCAGCUUUUGAGUGUAUGUAUACACUAUUGGACUCCUGUUUGGAUCGACUUGAUGUCUUUGAAUUCAUUAACCAUGUGGAAGAUGGACUUCGAGACCAUUAUGAUAUUAAAAUGUUAACAUACUUGAUGCUGGUACGGCUAGCCUCUCUCUGCCCUUCAGCUGUACUGCAGAGGUUAGAGAGGCUUAUUGAACCUUUGAGGACUACCUGUACAAGUAAAGUGAAAGCCAACUCGGUGAAGCAGGAGUUUGAAAAACAAGACGAGUUGAAACGCUCAGCUAUGAGAGCAUUUACUGCACUUCUUGCAAUACCAGAUGCUGACAAGAAUCCUCUCGUGACAGAGUUCUUGACCCAAAUCAAGUCAACCCAAGAGCUCCAGAGCCUGUUUGACAGUAUUUUAAAAGACAGUAACACAAGUGUAACAGACUCCACUUCACUGAUGGACAUCAGUUAG